UUCUGUGGAAGAGGCUGGCUCCGCGACUGUGUUCAGUUCAAAAUGGCAGAAAAGGCUCCCCCUGGCUUAAACAGGAAGGCUUCAAGGUCAACGCUCUCUCUUCCACCAGAACCUGUGGACAUCAUUCGGAGCAAAACGUGCUCACGGAGAGUUAAAAUCAAUGUGGGGGGCCUGAACCAUGAGGUCCUGUGGAGAACGUUGGACCGUCUGCCCAGGACACGCUUGGGGAAGCUGCGAGACUGCAACACUCACGAGAGCCUCCUGGAGGUGUGUGAUGACUACAAUCUGAACGAAAAUGAGUAUUUCUUUGAUCGGCAUCCAGGCGCCUUCACUUCCAUUUUAAAUUUCUACCGGACAGGGAAACUUCACAUGAUGGAAGAAAUGUGUGCUCUGUCUUUUGGUCAGGAGCUUGAUUAUUGGGGCAUUGAUGAGAUCUACCUGGAGUCCUGUUGCCAAGCCAGGUAUCACCAGAAGAAAGAACAAAUGAAUGAAGAACUGAGGCGGGAGGCAGAGACCAUGCGAGAGCGGGAAGGAGAAGAGUUCGAUAACACCUGCUGCCCUGAGAAAAGGAAGAAGCUAUGGGACUUGCUGGAGAAGCCCAACUCCUCAGUGGCUGCAAAGAUCUUGGCCAUCGUGUCUAUCCUGUUCAUCGUACUCUCUACCAUUGCUCUCUCUCUCAACACCCUACCAGAGCUUCAGGAAACAGAUGAAUUCGGACAAGCCAAUGACAACCCCCAGCUGGCGCAUGUGGAGGCAGUGUGCAUUGCUUGGUUUACCAUGGAGUACCUUUUACGCUUCCUAUCCUCCCCAAAUAAGUGGAAGUUCUUUAAAGGUCCACUCAAUGUCAUUGACUUGCUGGCCAUCUUGCCAUAUUACGUCACCAUUUUCCUCACGGAAUCCAACAAGAGUGUACUGCAGUUCCAGAACGUGAGGCGUGUGGUUCAGAUCUUCCGCAUCAUGCGGAUUCUCAGGAUCCUGAAACUUGCCAGGCACUCGACGGGCCUGCAGUCUCUGGGUUUCACCCUCAGACGGAGUUACAACGAGCUGGGCUUGUUGAUAUUGUUUCUGGCCAUGGGGAUAAUGAUAUUUUCCAGCUUGGUAUUUUUUGCUGAGAAGGAUGAAGAUGCUACAAAGUUCACCAGUAUCCCAGCAUCGUUUUGGUGGGCUACCAUCACCAUGACUACUGUAGGCUAUGGUGACAUCUACCCAAAAACGUUACUGGGGAAAAUCGUGGGCGGCCUCUGCUGUAUUGCAGGUGUCCUGGUGAUUGCCCUUCCCAUCCCAAUCAUUGUGAACAAUUUUUCUGAGUUUUACAAGGAGCAGAAACGUCAAGAGAAGGCAAUUAAAAGGAGAGAGGCUCUUGAACGAGCCAAAAGGAAUGGAAGCAUCGUCUCUAUGAACUUAAAAGACGCCUUCGCUCGAAGUAUGGAAUUGAUCGAUGUGGCUGUGGAGAAGGCUGGAGAACCGGCCAAAACUAAGGACUCGGCAGACGAUAAUCACCUGUCUCCCAGCCGGUGGAAGUGGGCCAGGAAGGCUCUAUCCGAAACCAGCUCCAACAAGUCUUAUGAAAAUAAGUACCAGGAGGUUAGUCAAAAAGACUCUCAUGAGCAGCUGAACAACACUUCUGCCUCUAGCCCACAACAUCUGAGUGCCCAGAAACUGGAGAUGCUGUACAAUGAGAUCACCAAGACACAGCCUCACUCUCACCUCAACGCGAACAGCCAAGAACAGCCCGAGAGGCCAUCUGUCUAUGAAGAAGAGAUCGAGAUGGAGGAGGUGGUCUGCCCACAGGAGCAGCUGGCUGUUGCGCAGACCGAGGUCAUCGUGGACAUGAAAAGCACCUCCAGCAUUGACAGUUUCACCAGCUGUGCCACCGACUUCACCGAGACCGAGAGAUCACCUCUGCCACCGCCCUCUGCUUCUCACCUGCAGAUGAAGUUCCCCCCGGACCUCACAGGGACAGAGGAGCACCAAAGAGCCCGGGGGCCCCCUUUCCUAACACUCACCAGAGAGAAAGGCCCUGCGGCCCGGGAUGCCACCCUAGAAUAUGUCCCAGUCGAUAUAACUGGGAACCUCGAUGCCAGCAGUUCCCAAAGUGGGCUCCAUGGCCCUGUGCCGUCUGACAAUGCCGCAGAGAGCCCGAAGAGCUCGCUGAAAGGCAGCCACUCACUGAAAUCCAGGUCGCUCAAAGUGAAUUUUAAGGAAAACAGAGGCGGUGCCCCACAGACCCCACCCAGCACAGCCAGGCCGCUGCCCGUCAUGGCAGCUGACUUUCCCAUCACCACCCCUCAGCUCAUCAGUACCAUCCUGUUAGAAGAAAACCCCUCACAGAGAGAUAGACCCUUGCUAAGCACUGAGGUCUCAGCACAUUGUCAGGGUCCUUCCAGAGGGGCUGUCCCUCGGUUUCCUAAGCAGAAACUCUUUCCUUUCUCAUCAAGAGAGAGGAGGAGCUUCACAGAAGUGGAUACUGGGGAAGACAAUGACUUCUUAGAGCUCCAAGGAACUAGGCAGGACAUACAGGCCGACUCCAGCCCCAACUGCUUUGCAGAAAAGCCUAGUGAUGGGAGAGACCCUUUAAGAGAAGAGGCCUGUGCGGGCUCUUCUUCUCCCCAGAACACAAGUCACAACUGUAGGCAAGACAUUUACCAUUCUGUGGCUGAAGUUAAAAAGGACAAUAGUCAAGAAGGGUGCAAGAUGGAAAACCACUUGUUUGCCCCAGAAAUUCAUUCCAACCCUGGAGAUACAGGUUAUUGUCCCACACGUGAAACCAGCAUGUGA